AUGGCCGCCCCUACUGAUGUUACUCUCCAGAACCUGAGUGGAAAAUGGGAGAUGGACUCAACCCACUCUAACCCAUCAGACCCUCUUCUCUCUUUGCAAGGCGUCGGCUGGGUCACACGGAAGGCCCUCUCCUAUGCAACAGUGACAGUCAACGUGCACCAGUACGCCGACAGCGAGGACCCCACUCUCAUCCACGUCGAUGCGCAGCAAGUAAUCACAGGCGGCAUCCAAGGCACCAAGGAAACACGCAAGCUCGACUGGACCGAGCGCGAGCACGUCGACCACAUCUUCGGCACGCUACGGGGUUGCUCGCGCCACCUCGCUGCCGCUAAGAGUGAGGACGGCGCUGUGCGUCCUGUCAUCGAGAUCCAGACUCAGGUCGGCUCGCCUGAGGCUGAUGCUAAAGUGCAGAAGUUCCUGAUUGGAGAGACUCUCAUUGAUGGAUCGAAGAGUGAGGGAUUCCUUGCUGAGGAGGGCGAGGGUGCGUUCUUGCAGAGCUUUGUGAAGAAUGAGAGUGCUGGGUGGACUGCGGAGCAGGUUUGGGGCUUUGAGAUUGUUGAUGGCGAGAGACGUCAUACUCGUCGGGUUGUUGUUGUUAAGGAUGGGAAGGUUGCGUCUGCUAGACUUGUUUACGCUUUUAAGGAGCGUUGGGCUGGGGAGUAA